UUCCUUUGCACAGAGGCAAAUCAACCGGUGCUGAUGCUUUACAAAAAAGUUGUCUGUGUUUCUAACAGUGGCUGGCACAUUACACUUUGCAGUGGAUUCGCACAGUAAGCACAUCCGACACAAGAGCCAGGGAUUUGGUUUCCCCUUACUUCCCCCUGCUUAAGGCUGUCCUGUCUGCAUUUCUUUAAAUUGCUUGAGUGUGCUUUCCCAUUACUGGAAAAAUGAGAAGUCGUCUUGGGAAUUCUUAACUUGGAGAAAGAAAGAGAGAGAGAGAGAGAGAGAGAGAGAGAGAGAGAGAUGAACCAAGGUUUGUCCUGACCUAUCGUUACUAGCGUUGCAAGAGUUUGAUUCAACCUGUCACAACUGGCUUUGUUUUCAGUACUUUUUGCAUAGUGCAAGGUAGUUGUGCGCUUGGCUCUAAGACCAAAGAGUGAAGGAGACGGUUACAGAUCGGAGGAGCUGCGCAGCCAUAAAGUCUUAAACAUACGUCCAAAAUCCGCAGACGGUACUGAGGAUAACCAAUACCUAACGGAAUUGGACUUGUGCAAGCGGCGAGUGGACAGUCACAGUUGUUUACAAAAGAUUUCUCACCACACAUCAAACUGUCCAGAUGGGGCUGUUACGUCUUUUAAUAACUGUCCUGGCAAUCUUUUGCUCUGGAGACCAGAAAACGAAAGUUGGAGCUGUAAAAGCUAUACUGCCUGCACACAUUAGACGCGAUGCAUCCUUAACAUUUGCAAGGAUUAUCUGGAUUGAAGCUUCAAGGCCAUUUGUAAAGUCCCAUGAUUCUGGAACACGUAGAAUUCUAAGGUUUUGUGAAAGCAAUCAUCUCACAAAUCUGUACCGCAGAGAAGAAACCAUUCAGGUGGGAGGUAGUGGAUAUGUGCAGAGUCCUCGUUUUCCAAGCAGCUACCCAAGGAACAUAUUGCUGAUCUGGAAACUGUACUCUCCAGAAAACACAAGGAUACAGCUGGCAUUUGACAGUCAGUUUGCACUGGAAGAACCUGAUAAUGGUAUCUGCAGGUACGAUUUUGUUGAAGUAGAAGAUGUUUCAGAAACGAGCACUGUUGUUCGAGGGCGAUGGUGUGGACAUAAAGAAGUUCCUCCAAAACUGACAUCAAAAACUAAUCAGAUAAAGAUUAAAUUCCAGUCAGAUGACUACUUUGUUGCUAAACCAGGAUUCAAAGCUUACUAUUCUCUUGUGAGGGAUUUCCAUUCUGCAGCGUCAGAGACAAAUUGGGAAGCAGUCACAAGCUCACUGUCAGAGACAUCCAUCCCAUUUUCUUCAGUAACUGACCCACCACAGCUUGCAGAAGUCCUGGACCAGACUGUUGCAUCAUUUAAUACUUUGGAAGAACUAUUGAGACACCUUAAUCCUGAUUCCUGGCAGGAGGACUUAAAUAAUCUUUUUGGAGAAACACAGUAUCUUGGCAGGAGUUUUCGUCAUGGAAAAAAAAGUAAAGUUGACCUGGAUAGGCUGAAUGAUGAUGUGAAACGCUACAGCUGCACACCACGGAACUAUUCAGUCAAUUUACGCGAGGAGCUGAAGUUGACCAAUGCAGUGUUUUUCCCAAGAUGCCUUCUUGUGCAGCGCUGUGGAGGAAACUGUGGUUGUGGCACUGACAGCUGGAGGGGAUGCAGCUGUACCGCAGCAAAAGUUGUAAAGAAAUAUCAUGAGGUCCUGAAAUUUAUUCCAGAACCAGAUCACUUCAGAAAGGUGGGGAAACGCAAAAACACUAUGGCACUGGAAGAUAUUCAGCUUGAUCACCAUGAAAAGUGUGAAUGUUCCUGCAGCUUCAGGCCACCGCGAUAAACUUGCACAUCAACAUAUUUUCAUCUCCAAAAUACCUACAUGAAAGCAAAGGCUUAACUAAUGUAGAUUUAAUGACCUAGUUGUCUGGAAGACAUCACCUGUCUUUCUCUUUCCCUCUAUCAUAGACAGCAGAGCAGUGAUGCUGUCAUGCAUUAUGAGGAGUAAAUAAGUGCCUUGCUUUUGCCUAUAUCGUUAUCAGCUCAGUGGCAGCUGUGACGGUGACAUUGUAUAGGCUUGCUUAUCUGUAGCAGUGCCGUAGCAAUCAGAGCAGUACUAGAGGACUAGAUAUUGGCAUUAAUAGUCAUCUCCAUAAUUUUGCUUGUGAAGUGACCUAUCUGAAAUGCUUCUGAGAUACUUCUUAAUCAAAAAGUUGCUUUUUCUUCAUCCUUAAUCUGGCUUAGCUGUAGCGAUGAUUUGAUAAAAAAUUACAUAAGCGUACUAGGAGCUUACAUCUAGUGUUCUACUAUUGCGUUGUGAUUUGUGAUUCCACCCAAGUGAGACACCCAUGUGAUUUGUGAUUCCACCCAAGUGAGACACCCAUAUGCAUUCUGAAUGGAAACAUGGAUUCAGUAAAUAAAGGGAUUUCUUUAACGGGAAAAAUCCUAUCCACAGAAGUACAUCAGUACAGUAUCUCAAAUAUAUGCCAUUUUAAUGUAUAACUGUAUUGUUAGUUUCAAAGAUGUUUGCACUGACUUCUGUUUUGAUUUAGUAAUAUAAUCAUUUAGCCCAACUGAAAUUGCCUGGGAAUAUUCUUCUAAGUAGAAAAGUGGGGUCUAGUCCAUUUUUUUUGAAUGACUGUUCAUCAAAGGACCACUUGCCAAGCCCCAGUCAUCGAAAGACUUCCCACAACAAACAUCUCAAAACCACUGUAAAGCAAUCAAGUACAGUCUGAAAAAAUGAAUGACACUAUAUAAAAAAGUGAAUCAUGUCCCAGCAACCUCCCACAUCAUUGCUACCUGCAACCUAAAUAUAUUAACUCCUAAAUAACAUUUGGAAUUAUAUAGUACUGUCUGCUGUCUGUGCUCCA